AUGAUCCAGAGCAGCAUCUCCCUCCUCAACGUCUCGGGCGCCGCUCUGUGUAUUGCUGUUGUGGCAGGCUGCGCGUCCUUAGCGCUGCAAUGGCGCGCUCGCUCUCGCGGACUUCUUUUACCUCCCGGCCCUCUGGGGCUUCCGUUACUGGGGAAUGUGUUCAACUUCCCGACGGCUUUUUCGUGGAUCAAAUUCCAGGAGCUGAGCGCGGAGUACGGAGACGUACAGUACUUCCGAGUGCUAGGGCAGUCCAUUGUCGUGCUCAACAGUGCGACUGCUAUCUCCGAGUACCUCGAUAAGAACUCCGCAAACACCUCGGAUCGCGCGCAGAGCUUCGUUCUGAUGGUGGAGCUCACCGGAAACGGUCACAACCUCGGCUUCAUGCGGUACGGCCAGCGAUGGAGGGACCACCGCCGGGUGCUCUGGCAGUACUUCCGCGGCGACGCUGCUCGCGCGCAACAACCCACCCAACGCGCGGUCGCGCAUAUCUUCCUGGAGAAGCUUCUUACCUCACCCUCGAAGCUCGAAAAACACAUCAGAUAUGCCUUCGCUGGGUCGAUACUUCAUGUAACCUACGGUAUCGACUAUACAUCCGACGCCGGCGACAAGUACUCUGAGGCAAUGAGUACCGCGAUCGUCUCUGCCACAGAGGGCCUGGUUCCCGGCCGGUUCAUGGUUCAAUAUUCCAAUUCCUCCCUUCUCGCCCAAUGGCGUGAGGACAACCGCAAAGCCAUUGAGAUGCCGUAUGAGUAUGCGCAAGCUGAAAUGCAUCGUCAGAGGAGUGUGCAAGAGUCCAUGGUCGGACAACAUAUCGCUCAACUUGACCGGGCUGGGGGUAUCUCUCAUGACGACGAAGAGGUGCUCAAGCACGCAAGGCCCUUGCAUUCGAAGUUGGUUAAUGCUCCAGCGGGUGCCGAUACUGCUAUCAUCAUGGAGAUCAUGCGCUGGUACAAUGUCGCCCCCUUUGGUAUACCUCAUGGGCAUGUAUGCACGAUCCACAUAUGUUCCCAGCCCCUCGAAUUCCGGCCUGAGCGCUUCAUUAAAGACGGCGAGAUAGAUACGACUCUCGUCGACCCCACCGUGUUCAUUUUCGGUUUUGGGAGGAGGAUAUGCCCCGGACGUCAUUUCGCUCGCUCAGCAAUUUUCAUCACCGUUGCUUCUCUUCUUCACGGCUUCGACCUUUCAGCCCCUCUGGACGAUCGGGGUGAGCCUAUCAAGAUCCAGCCGCGCUUCACCGAUGGCUUACUGUCGUACCCGGAGGACUACCGGUGCACGAUCACCCCUCGAUCCGAUUCGCACGCAGAGCUCAUUCGCGCGAACGCCGCUGCAGCGCGGGCCGCACUCGAGGCGGUUGAAAACCCGACAUCGCGUCAUGCGUACAGCGGCGAGCGCGAGCGCGCAGCGCGGGGGCCGUCGAUCGCCGAGUGGACGGAGGAGUGGGGGGUUGGGAGCGACAGAGGGAGAGACCAACAUGCGUUUGUCGGUUUUCCGAUACAGUGA